AUGUCUGAAGAAAUAACCAUUAACAUUAAGUCCGCUGGUGAUAAGAAGUACGAAAUCAAGGCUUCUAAGGAAACCACUAUCUCUGAAUUCAAGGACCAAGUCGCGGAAGUUUCUUCUAUUCCAAGUGACCAGCAGAGAUUGAUUUAUUCCGGAAGAGUGCUCAAAGAUCAGGAGACUUUGGCCUUUUACAAAGUUCAGGAUGGCCAUACCAUCCACAUGGUGAAAUCCGCCGCUAAGAAAACUGAUACCUCCGGCAGCACCUCAGCAAGUUUAGGCUCUAAUCAAAACAAUAAUAAUAUUCCAACAAACAUUUCUGCUGGAACUCAUGCUUCUGAUCCACUUGCUGGUCUUACUGAUGCCCGUUAUGCUGGCUAUAAUAUUCCAAUGCCAUCUGCAGACAUGUUUGGAGCAGACGGUAUGCCAUCAGAAGAUCAAAUGUCCAGUAUGAUGGAUAACCCAAUGUUCCAAGAAAUGAUGAACUCCAUGCUUUCUAAUCCAGCAAUGUUGGACACCAUGAUCAACCAAAACCCAAUGCUUCGUUCGAUGGGUCCACAGGCUAGAGAGAUCUUGCAAAGUCCAAUGUUUAGACAAAUGAUGUCCAACCCACAAAUGAUGCGUAACGCUAUGUCAAUGCAGAGAGCUAUGGGUGGUUCUGCUCCUGGAGGAUUUGGUGCUGGUAGUGGUACAGGCGCCGGAAGCUUUCCUGCCCCAGGCCCAGCCGUUGGAGGUAACGAUGCAUCAACUGCUAGUGCCACCACUACCACUGAUUCUAAUUCUAACGCUACAAGUGCUGCUGCAAGUAAUCCAUUUGCCGCCAUGUUCCCUGGUGGCGCUCCGUCAUUAUUUGGUCAACCAGGUGAUGCCACUAAUUCAAUGUAUAAUCCAGAACUCUUAGCUUCGUUGCUUGGUGCUGGUGCUGGUGCUGGUGCUGGCUCCCAAGCUCCAGUCGACAACAGACCACCUGAAGAGAGGUACGAAUCUCAACUUAGGCAAUUGAAUGAUAUGGGAUUCUUCGACUUUGAUCGUAACGUUAAUGCUUUGAGACGUAGUGGUGGAAGUGUCCAGGGAGCAAUUGAUGCCUUGUUGAAUGGAAGCGUCUGA